UGUGUAAGCAUGUAGCGACGUGUGAGUGUGUGUUUGUGUGGAAAGUGUUUUGAAAAUCCUUUGCGAGCUGUCAAACGACACAGUUUGUUUACAUUCAACACGACGAAUAUACGGAGGAUGCGUUGAUUUCCUGCAGCAAAUUGAAACAGUGAAAUAGUGUACACCACCAUGGCUUCCCAUCGUGAUAAAGAGACUGGAAGAAUUUAUCUACUUCGUAAACGGAUUGAGGAUCAAUUCGACCAGGAGUUUGAAGCAGAACAAAGAUUGUUACGAACGCGACGGGAACAGGAAGCAAAAGAAAGGUUAGCAAUCGAACAAAUGAUGACCUGCGAAGAAGAGGAUACAAACGUUAAUCCCGACAAUGCAACGAUCGCGGACGUGAUGAAGAUGCUGAACACUGUGUCUCGCAAGAUCGAGCAGCUUGCUGGGAAGCAGGACAGCUUUCGAAAGCAAGUAAGCGAAGCAAAGCACCGCGUACUAAAGCUGGAAGCAAAACUGAACUCAACGCUUUCGAUGACGGAAAAGGUGAAAGACACGUUGAUGCCUAAAGGCAUGGCAACGGAAGUCAUUCCCCCAGAGCCCGGGUUUGAGUUUCGUGCCGUAAGUAACGAGCAAGAGCUGAACGAUCUCGACCAUAGGCUGGCCACGGACAAUGCGUACAGGAGGAAUCUCACCAACUGGUUGAACGCGAUGAUAUUGAACUCGGACUCUGACCGUCGAUUGUAUGAAGCGAUGGAGGUGGUUUUCACGCGUGAGUUUCUGCCGUUGUGUAGCUGGAAGGGGCGAUUGAAUCGCAAAAUUGCCAUGUGUACGCAAACGCACAUCAUGGAACUGUUUCGGGUGGUGGGAAGUACUCGCUUCACUUCUAUAUCGGCCGCAUUUGUGGCCAAGUUUUUUCAGAAGAAACUGCCGCACGCCAAGACGCGACUCAGCCAGAAAAGUUAUAGACCCCAUGAAUGCAAUAAGAAAUCCAGAGUAUGCGACGCGAACUCAGAUCCGCUCGCGGAGUAGAUUUAGCUGGAACAUAGGAGGGGGCCUAAUGUUUAAUGUACAGAAGCAAGUAGCUUGUAAGUGGAAGAGGAAUUAAAAUCACUUCGAAAUAAUAAAUAAGGAUUUGAAUACAAAUGUUAGGAAAAAUGUUCAGGUCCAUUAAUAUUUUAGAAAGAGAAGCAUAAAUGUGGAUGUGUGAAGUAGUGAUGGAUAAAGCUGGCAAAAAUCCGAAGAUCGACCCUGAUCCGAAUUCAGUAAUUUCGGAAUCGACUCCGAAAGGUAGGGCCCGUCCAGCAUUAUCCAAAGUCGUUUGGAAUCGUCCGGAAUCUCCAGGAGUCGUGCGGAGUAGUCCGGUUGUUAAAGUUAUUCGUUACCCAAAUAACGGCUUACUAUAAACUCAUAACAGAGUCGAUGUCUCCCGGAGUCAGCCGGAGUCGUCCUUAGAAACAAAGGCGCCACAAAGUGAAAGACAAAAAACAAGAAGAAAGGAAAUGCUGGAUCACAUGCACAUUAUACCGGACGACUCCGAACGGCUCCGGACGACUCCGAACGACUCCGGACGAAUCCUUCUCCGGGCAGAACUUCUUCUUCUUCUUUUGGCUCAACAAUCGUCGGUCAAGGCCUGCCUGUACUACUUGUGUGGUUGGCUCUAGUGUUGGCCGUUCCGGUCCGAACCUAGUAAAAAAGUUCCGUUCUUUAUGUAGGCCGUUCCGUUCCGAUCCUUUAUACAAAAUCGUUCCGUUCCGUUCAUUCCGUUCUUUCCGUUCAUUCCGUUCCGUUCAUUCCGUUCCGUUCCGUUCAUUCCGUUCCGUUCCGUUCAUUCCGUUCCGUUCAAUUCGUUCUUUCCGUUCACUCCGUUCCGUUCCGGUCUUUGCCGCUUCAAUAUUGUUAGCAAGGUGUUGUCGUUCGUGCGUUCCGUUCUUUAAAAAAACCGGCUUUGUCCGGCUGUUGCUUGCUGCAUGCAAGAUAACUGUUCACUCUUUCUCGCAUACAGUAUGUGUUGCCUGUGCACUCUCCCAUGCUCACAGGAAUACCCAAGUGCCACAAAUCCACUAAACGACCACUAAACGGCUUCUAAACGACUCAAGCACUCUACCUACACGGAAUAUAGAAAGACUUCGUUUAGCAGACGGCAAACGACUCAUGCAUUCUAAAAAUAGCAAAAAAGCU